UUUACAAGAGCGUGAUAAACAAGGCGAGCGCUAUUCAGCAGGAAGUCAAGCCAUAUCAGCGAAGUGCGCAUGCGCCGCAGCUCCCUUCAAUCUAGGGCUGCGUUUCUCUUCAUAAAACGAUGAACAAACUCCUUGAUAGCUUUUGUAUGAAAGCACCCCCCCUCUCUAGACUACUCUGAGUGCGAUGGCGACCACCGACGAGGUCACAGUGUCGAUGGCGGAGGUGGUGAUGGUGAAGGGGGAUAGUGAAGGAGACCCAGAUGACCCCAAUAAGACUCAGGUCAUCCUCCAGCUCCAGCCAAUCCCCACUGGAGAUGAAUCUGCUGAAACAGAUGCAGCUGUCAUGACUGUUGAAGCACAUCCAGAACAAACUGAUGGAGAGGACGUUGAAAUUGGCUGUCCCAUAACAUGUGGCGAGAGCAAAGCUGUGUUGCUAGUGAAGAAAUUUGUAUGCCCAGGAAUCAAUGUAAAGUGUGUCAAGUAUGAAGACCAACUGAUCAGCCCCAAGCAGUUUGUGCACAUGUCUGGGAAAGCCACUCUGAAAGACUGGAAGAGAGCCAUCCGGAUGGGUGGAGUCAUGCUAAGAAAAAUGAUGGAUUCGGGUCAGCUUGACUUCUACCAGCACAGCACACUGUGCACCAACACCUGUCGCAGCACAAAGUUCGACCUAUUAAUUAACAACACGCGGUUCCCUCCUGACGGCUCCGGGCUGACCACGCCCACAUCCUCUCAAGCUCAGGUGGUCCUGGGUAAUGGUGGCACAGCGGGCGAGGACAGAGCAGAAGUUCUGAGUGCAAAGAUGGACUGGAUUUCAAGCUCGCUGGAGGCUGCGGACAGAAAGGAAUCGAAUGAGAUCUCAGAGGACACGCUGAACUUCUGGAAGGGUAUCGCCGAUGUGGGUUUGCUGGGUGAAGUGGUGACCAACAUCAGCACGGAGCUGCUGGAGCUGCUGAACGGCGUGCAGCAACGCAGGGAGCCAGCUGGCUUACAGGACACAGAUUCCUGUCUGGUAGAGGUGGCGGUGCUCAGCAACCUUGCCCAAGUGUUCGGCCUGCUCGACUCGGUCAAGAAGACACUGGAGAAGACGAGGCAGCAGAUGGAUCCCAGCCAGGAGCACACCCUCAGCACGCUCACCAACCUGGAGGUGCAGCUGGAAGAACAGAGGAAGCAGCAGCAGGUGCAAGCUCUGCUGUCCUGCCCGCAGCCCGCCAAAAACAAAACUCCCACGAAGCGGCAGACCAAGCGACCGCGUCUCCAGAGGCCUGCAUCCACCACCACCCUCGUGACCUCGUCCAUCAACCAGCAGGCCGCCCUGCAGCCCCAGCAGUUCACCGUGCUCUCCCCCAUCUCACUGUCCUCGGUGGGCCAGCCGUUUACCAUGGGAAGCCUGCCCAUCGCCUCCCUGGCCCAGUCCUCCAACACGGUCACCCUGCUCCCCGCCGGCUCGCAGCUCUUCACCCGCUACAUGGUGACGGCCGGAGACGGAAAAGGGGACACCAUCACCUUGCACCCGUCCUCGGGCCUCACACUGGUGGGCACCACCAUGCAGGACUCAAGCCAGCUGGGCACCAUGGUGAGCCCCAUAGAGCUGCUUCACCUGAGCCAGCAGGCCGGCGGCGGCGAGAUGGUGCCCAUAGAAGGCCAGGUGAUGGAUGGCACCAUGCUGGUGCAGCAGGAGGUGAUGCAGAGCGAGGCGGAGGCCGGCCAGGAGCACACGGUCAUCGAGAUCAACCCGGCUCCCAUGGAGCAGGCGGUGGGAGUGAUGGAGCUGCAGCUGAGCGAAGAGUCGGGCAGAGACGGGGCUGCUAUGAUGGUCCAGAGUGCAAUGGAGGUGACCAUGGCUGCAGCUGGGGAGGAGACACAGUGCCAAAUGCAGGAAGCACAGACUGGGGGAGUCCAGGGGCUGCAGCUGGACGCCAGCGGACAGUUGUCAGGGGUACAGAUAGUUGUAAUAGAAGAAAACACUCAGGAAGAAAACACGGUCAAAUAAAACACACCUCCUAUUUUACCCAGCAGAGCAGGUAUGGACUCGUACGACGCAAUCACAGACUUGUCAAAGUAUAAAUACACAGAAUUUCCAAAUCCACAAAUUGCCUUGGCCUAAGACCAAGCUCUAGGGGUAGCCAUUUUUCCGUGUGUGUGUGUGUGUGUGUGUGUGUGUGUGUGUGUGUGUGUGUGUGUGUGUGUGUGUGUGUGUGUGUGUGUGUGUGUGUGUGUGUGUGUGUGUGUGUGUGUGUGUGUGUGUGUGUGUGUGUGUGUGUGUGUGUGUGUGUGUGUGUGUGCGCUCUUCUCAACUUCUUGAUUUUCAUUGAAACAAAAAAGACAUCGCAACAAGGAAUCUACAGGAUGCUUCUGUUUGUUUUGUAUUUAAAGUGUUAUUCUUGGUUUAUUACAACUUAGGUCAAAUACUUGUAAUUUUGGCUAUGAUUUCUAGCUGUAAUUAUAACUUUGUAUUCUCCAAGUUAAAUACUGAGACAUGAGAAUAUGUCAAUAUUUCAAUAUUUUUGACAGAAGUCAAACGAGGCCCGACACCUGAGUAGUCAGACAAUCAGGUUAGCCACACCUAAAGUAUCUGUUUUCCUAUACAAUGAUGGAUUGUUACUGAUAUUUGGGGUGUGCUAACUUUCACUGUUCCCUACAAAUAAAACGGGAGUGGAUCAGACUUUCCCUAAACACGAUCCCUAGACCCGUACCAGGUCCGUUUGCUACCAUGCCAUGAGGAAACAAAAUGAUGGCAAAAAAAGCUAUAUGGUAAAAUUUCAGGCUAUUUUUGCGAACCUAUGGAUUUUGAUCUUUAAUAUGUCGUUCAACACCCACUUAGCUCGAUGUAAUCACUCGAUCUGUGAAUGCUGUGCUCACAUUACUGUAGCUCCAAACUAGCUAACAUUUAGGACAAAUAUUAUUUGUUUUAAAAGAGCUGUACAGUUUCCUCGGCCUGAUGUCUAACCUUUUUUUUUGGUCACAAAAUUGCUUCACAAUUUCUUUGUCAAUAUAAAAAUGAUCAGUAGUUCUGUCUCUGUUUACAAGCCGUCAGAUCCUCUGUCUGCAUGUGUUUCUUGCCCCAUGGGACUUCGUUGAAGAGAUGUCGCUGUGUCCUCCGGUCUCAGCAAUAACAGCGGUCAGUACAAUGUCAUCAAAAAGCAACAGAAACAAUGGCCAAAAUGACAACAAAAAAAAUACCUCUGUUGUAAUAAUCUGGAAUUAUCCUUCAAGCCUCCAAGAACAACCCGAGGACAAGGGAAUGCACUGCAACUGUAAAGUCUUAAUGGUGCUGAUGGACACUGACUCAGUAGCAGCGGGCUGCAAGUCCCAGCCCUCUACUGUUGAUCAGACUUAUUACCAGUUAACAGUGUUUGCUGUCACUUCAGGCUGGGAUUAAUUGCACUGUUGUGUCGUAGUGUUGCAUCCAAGCUGUCAUAUUUUUUGCACUGUGUGGCGUCCUUACAGGACUACAGGAAGAUGAUCGCAACAAUGCCGGCUCUCCCAAGAUUUGAGUGUUGUUUUUUUAUGUGCAUAGUGAAAUGGACUCAACUGCUCCUCUCACUGGAUUUGCAUUGCUUAUGCACUUAUUCUCUCAGUGGUUUCUUACUGCCUGUUUUCAUUCACAAACUUCAUUUAUUUUUUACUGUGUUCAUCUAAGUUUUUUUCUCAGUAUGAUAGAUAGUGUGAGCUACUGGGCUGAUUGUGUAAGUCAAUAUGUAUAUAUAUAUGAAAAAAAAACAUGUAUACCUAAAUGUCAAACUUGGUAUACCUGUAUUUUAGUGUCAUUUAUUAGAACUGAAGAGUCAGGCCUCUCUGUUUAAGUUCCAACAUGGAUUAAUUUAUGCUCCCGCCUGUAAUUUACAUCAACAAAGACUUGUGCACUACCAAUAAUUUAAUUUAACAAAUGAAGGUAUUUGCAUACUGACUUUGUAAUGUGUUUUAAUAUCCGAUUAAAACAGAAAACAAAACAAA